AUUAAUUAAAAUUUAACAAAAUAAAUGGGCAGACUCUCCCUCAAAAAGGAAAAUACAAAUUAGUAGUCUCUACAAACUUGUAGUGCGGUCUCUCAGUGUCCAUCGUCGGGUGCUGUGGUCUGCAGAGAGGGCUAAGUAUUCCAACGGUGCUUUUCAGAAAUUACCAGGGCUAAGUUUUGAAGGAUAAUGGCUUCUCAGUUACAGAUUCAAGGCGAUGAAUCCGUACUUUUACGGGUUACUCACUCCAAUAUGAAGAGCUUUUCUCCAGAAAUCCGUUUUUCUCUUCAGAUGUCAGUGGAAGCCGUGAAAGAUAAGCUUUGGAAAAAGUGUGGUACUUCAGUCAAUUCGAUGUCCUUAGAGCUAUAUGACGAAACUGGAACUAAAAUCUCAGUCCUAAGUGAUAAUGCAAGACCACUUGGUUUUUAUUCCCCACUGGAUGGUUAUCGUCUGCAUGUCAUUGAUCUUGAUCCAGCGUCAGUGACCUCCGGAGGUUGGCUCGAGGACACAUCACUUGUGGAGAAGUAUACUAUCUCUGAAGAGGCUUAUGAGAAACUCGGAGGUACUUUCAGAAAAUUCAAGGAAACAUUGCCGCUUAAGCAACCGCCUGGUCAAGAAUCUAAAAUAUCUGACAACAACAACAGGGAAGAUCUUUGCGCAAAUAUUAAGAUAGGGGACAGAUGUGAAGUUGAACCUGGAGAGAGAAGAGGCAUGGUCAAAUUUGUUGGUCAGGCAGAAACACUUGCACCUGGGUUUUGGGUUGGAGUUCAGUUUGAUGAACCAGUAGGAAAACAUGAUGGCAUGGUUAAAGGGAAACGUUACUUUGACUGUCCUCCCCUUCAUGGUGCAAUGGUCCGACCAGACAAAGUAAAGAUUGGAGACUAUCCAGAAAAAGAUCCUUUUGAGGAUGAGGAAAUUUAAGUGUAUAGGAUUGUCGUCUGCAUGUUUCAAAUAUGUAACUGAGCUCAAAAGAUGGUCAAGCCUGUAUUUGAAAGUCACAGAAAUGACAGAAGAUUUCACGUCGAUGAAGAAACCUGAGUGAAUUGAACAUUUUCCCAGCAGUUGCCGACAAGUUGUCAUGGGUGUAUUUUGAUUGUAAUUUAACGGUUGAUCAUUGUAAUCAAGUUCCCAGAUAUACAUUUAUUUCAGCGAUUGGGGUAUCCUGUUUAAACUUCCCACUGACUUUGAGGUCUGUGCGGUCCUGAAGCCAGAUGAAACUAGAACGAACAUUUAACCUCUCCAAUCCCAUGGUGUCUGGCAGAAAACCUCCUACUGUAAUAUAACAUAACCUAUAUCAUAUCAUGCAACACGAAAUCAGAUCAAUCAAUUCAAGA